UCCUGGAGGACAGUGGGUGGCCAGAGUCCUGUCUGUCUUGGAAGGAGAACGUCCACCCCAGAGCCCGCCCCACUAUGCGCAGAUGCAAGCUGUGUCUGAGGAUGCCCCUGCUGAUUCUGCUUUUCCUGGGACUGGCGGAAGCCUGCAUUCCCCGUGAGGUCGCCAUUGAAGAAAAAAUCAAAUUGCUGAAAGGAAUCCUAGGUAUGAUGACCAGGUUGUCCACAGAUGGUUUCAGACACAGCGACAGUGCCUCCGAGAUGCCUUCCCUGGCCCCCCGACAAGACAGGACCGAAGAAGAAAUGAAAAUACUGAAAAAGAUCCUAGGUUUGCUGAGCCUCCAGGUGUUGAAUGAAGAAACAAGUGGUUGCAAGGAAGAAGUUCUCCCAGAGAAGCUCUCCCUGGCCACCACUGCCCCCAAGAAGUCGCCAGCCAAGCGGACCAGAUGGAACAUGCUGAAAUGCGCCUACAUGAUGGUCACCUUCCUGUUCGUGUCCUACAACAAAGGAGACUGGUGUUAUUGCCACAACUGUAGCACAGAAGUGGACAUCGGGACCGACCCCUGCUGUUCUUUCUAGCAACCCUGCUCCGUCUCAGCUCAGCCGUCGCCAGUCCUUCAUCUGCCCUGAAGUCUCGCCUCCUGAGAAGCCUGCCAGCCCCAGAUGACCAGUCUGGAGCGUAACAACCUGGGGUCCUCUGAGGAUGACCCCUUUCUGCCCAGAGGCACUGCAGAAAGGUGUCCCUGAGGGUCCCAACAGGCCCAGGGCGAGUGAGUACCCCCAGGGGUCUCCCCACAACUGCUCUCCCUGGCCUCUCCCAACCUCCCCCACUGUUUCUCUAAUUAAACCUACCCUAGUUGAAGCAGCUGAAGGCUCAGUUCUUCCAUUCAUGAGGGGGCAAGGAUGCCAAGAAUCAUAGACACCAAUUCUGGUGACAACCUAUAAGGAGCUUCUGCUAGGCUGCCCACUUUAUGGGUGAAGAAAUUACAGCCCAGAGAGAUUGCUGAUUAGUCCAAGGUCACACAAAUGACAGUGCUGAGGUUUGACCCAGGUUUGACUUAUUACAAAGUCUAUUUUUUUUUUGUACAAAGAUUUAGGUCUCCCAGCUGAGGAAAUAGGGAUCUGAAGAUGUAGUGACCCCAAGACUAAACUGUGUCCCAGCUCUCCAGCCUGCGUGCUGCUUUGCCCAUAUCAUAUUUGAGGACGACUAUGGUCCUGGUUGAGAGCUUGGGCUCUAACAAGGAGACAGGUUUCUUGAGCAUAAAUUCUGGCUCCACCCCCUUACCGGAUUGCAACUUCGGGGAAGUUAUUGUCUAUUAAUGCCUCAUUUUGUCAUCUGUAAAAUGGGGGUAUUGACAGAGUAGAAGCCCUCCCAUCAUCAUGAUCAGGACCAGUCAUUUGUUGGUUCAUCAAAAAGUUCAUUAAAAUAGGCAGUUGAGGGGGCGCCUGGGUGGCUCAGUCAUU